AUCUUGAGCAACUUGUACAAAACGUGUUAAUAUUCAGAAAUAUGCCAACCAAAAAGGACCCAAAUAAACCGAGAGGUCGAAUGACCGGGUAUGCGUACUUUGUGCAAACUUGCCGUGAAGAGCAUAAAAGAAAACAUCCAAAUGAACAAGUUGUGUUCGCCGAAUUUUCUCGAAAGUGCGCAAAACGAUGGAAGCCAAUGACAGACAAAGAAAAGAAAACUUUCACUGAUAUGGCAGAGAAAGAUCGGCAAAGAUACGAACGAGAAAUGAAAGAUUAUGUUCCUGCUGCAGGAGAAGCAAAGAAGAAGAAGAAAAAGAAGGAUCCAAAUGCUCCAAAACGUCCUCAAUCUGCCUUCUUCCUUUUCUGCGCUGACAGAAGAGCACCACUCAAAGCUGAAAACCCUGGUUGGACUGUAGGAGAAAUUGCAAAGGCAUUAGGAAAGAAGUGGGCUGCUGCUUCACCAGAUACAAAGAAGAAGUACGCAGAACAAGGGGAAGUUGAGAAAAGCAAGUACAACAAGGAAAUGGAAAAAUAUCGUUCCCAACAGGAGGCAUCAAACCACGGUGAUGCAAAGCGUCAAAAGAUGAGUGAGAAGGCAACAGCAUCCUCUUCCGCAAGCUCCAGUGAGAGUGAAAGUGACAUCGAGAGUGACUGAGAUCCCCAACCUACCGCUGGACCCGCCCCUCCCCUACAAAGCACAGUGGUGCAAAUACAUUUUACGAGUCAAUAGAAUUGCUGCGGCAAAUAAAAAACGUCGUUUUAUCAAAUGUUGCAACUGCAAAUUUUGAAUUAAAAAAAUAUUUUUUUUAUACCCCUGUUGCCAAAGUUUUAUUAACUCUUGUCAAUUUUAUCCUAAAACCAGCCCAGCAACUGCGACAUUUUUUUCUACUAUACUCUAAUUUUUGUCACCCUGGCUUUUGCUGUUGUUUUUUUUCUGUUCCUGUUCUAUUCCUGUUGUACAUAAAUAACGUUGUUGCACAACUGACGAUAAUUCCAGUUUUAUAAGAACCUCACUCCACAGGAUUCAGGUUCAUAAAACAAAGCAACAUAAUUACUUUAUGAGUUUUAUGACAUUAUAACACCAGUUAGUUUCCAGUACCAACCUUCGAUAUCUCGUUGAACAAUGUAUUAGUUGCCCUCUUUGUUAUUUUUCAGUUAUGUCUUUCACUGCCCGUGUCUCCAAUAGCACUGUCGCCCUGGCCAAUUGAAGCUACGUCUCCAGGGUUUGACAUUCAUGCUUUAAAGUGAUACUGAGCAACGUUUUGUUAAUAAAAUGUUUUGCCUCGCA